AUUCUAAAUGCAAAGCUAGACUGAGCAACGGAAGUGACAGGAAAUGGAGCUGGGGAGACAAAAAUCUGGAUAACAACAGAAGAAUUUCAACAAAAAAAAAAUGAGUCAAACAACUCUCAAACAAAAAAAGAAUGAGCCCGGAAUGAGGUCCUCAAAAGACAGUCUAGAAGCAGAAAAAAGAAAGGAAUCUGACAAACCAGGAGUUCGUCUGAGCAAUCAGAUGAGGCGUGCAGUCAAUCCGAAUCACUCGCUGAGAUGUUGCCCCUUCCGGGGUCACUCGUCGUGUAGACGCUGCCUUUGUGCAGCUGAGGGAACAGCCCUUGGCCCCUGCCGCACAAUACGUAUUUAUAUUCACAUGUGCCUGUUGUGGGAGCAGGGCCAGCAGAUCACCAUGAUGAGGGUGAGCAGAGAUCGCACUACUGAUUCUGGAGGGGAACCACAGACAAUCUGGGGAUCACAAGAAUCAUCAGUGCGGAAGACAGACUCUCGAGGGUACCUUGUGCGCAGUCAAUGGUCUAGAACAUCCCGCAGCCCAUCCACCAAGGCUGCAUCCAUAGAUGAGCCUAGAAGCAGGAACACCAGUGCUAAGCUCCCCAGCAGCUCCACGAGCUCCCAGACUCCAUCCACCUCCCCAAGCCUUCAUGACUCCUCACCACCGGCACUGUCCGGGCAGCCCUCGCUCCAGCCGCCCGCGUCGCCCCAGCCACCCCGGUCGCAGGACUCACGGCCUCCCACGCCCCCAGAGCCGGAUCCUGGCUCCCGGCGCAACACCAAAAUGCAAGAGAAUCCGGAGGCCUGGGCCCAAGGCAUCGUGCGGGAAAUCCGCCAGAGCCGGGACUCGCAGUCGCGGGAAUAUUCGCGCACAUCCCCCACCGAAUGGAAGUCCUCCAGCCAGCGCAGGGGAAUCUACCCCGCCUCCAUCCAACUGGACCACGACUGUCUGCCUGAGCAGCAGCAGCAGCAGCGGGAGGAUGAAGACGACUGCGAGGCUGCCUACUGGGCAUCCAUGAGGUCGUUCUAUGAGAAGAACCCGAGCUCCUCGCGUCCCAGGCCGCCCAAACCCAAGAACGCCAUCACCAUUGCGCUCUCAUCCUGCGCGCUCUUCAACAUGGUGGACGGCAGGAAAAUCUACGAGGAAGAGGGUCUGGAAAAGUACAUGGAGUAUCAGCUCACCAAUGAGAAUGUCAUCCUGACCCCGGGUCCAGCGUUCCGCUUCGUCAAGGCACUACAGUAUGUCAAUGCUAGACUCCGUGAUCUAUAUCCUGAUGAACAGGACUUAUUUGAUAUUGUACUGAUGACUAAUAACCAUGCCCAAGUGGGAGUGCGGCUUAUAAACAGCGUCAAUCACUAUGGCUUACAGAUUGACCGCUUCUGUCUGACUGGUGGAAAAAACCCAAUUGGCUAUUUGAAGGCAUAUCUUACCAACUUGUAUAUUGCUGCAGAUUCUGAAAAAGUGCAAGAGGCAAUACAAGAAGGUAUUGCCUCUGCCACAAUGUUUGAUGGAGCCAAAGACAUGGCUUAUUGUGACACCCAGCUCCGUGUAGCCUUUGAUGGGGAUGCUGUCCUCUUCUCUGAUGAGUCUGAACAUUUUACCAAGGAGCAUGGGAUGGACAAAUUCUUCCAGUAUGAUACAUUAUGUGAAAGUAAGCCUCUUGCUCAGGGUCCCCUGAAAGGCUUUCUGGAAGAUUUAGGCAGACUGCAAAAGAAGUUCUAUGCCAAAAAUGAACGGUUACUUUGUCCUAUCAGGACCUACCUGGUUACAGCUAGGAGUGCAGCCAGUUCAGGCGCCCGUGUGCUGAAGACCCUUCGACGCUGGGGUCUAGAGAUAGACGAAGCUCUUUUCCUUGCUGGAGCCCCCAAAAGUCCCAUCUUGGUGAAGAUCCGGCCCCACAUCUUCUUUGAUGACCACAUGUUCCACAUUGAAGGGGCACAGAAGUUAGGUUCCAUCGCAGCUUAUGGCUUUAAUAAAAAAUUCAGUAGUUAGGGGCAGGGAGGAGAAAUAAAGUGGUAAUAGUCUGGUAUUACAGAAGCCACUUCUUUUGACUCUCUAGGAUUAUUAGAUAGGUAUUUCAGAAAAUUGGACCUUAAAACUUAGCUUCUUUGGAAAGGUUUCCUCUUGAUUUUUUGGAAAACCUUUUGAACCCUCAAGUUACCAUCAAACUACUUCUCUUUGAACUACCAAUACUGUUGAAUGUCAUUGCACCUAUCUCUGUGUAAGUCAUAAUGAUGACUCUUUAAGAUAAGUUUAGAACUUGAAUAUUUGCAUGCUUAAGGGACUGUUUUAGAAGCUUACUUAGUUUCAUGAAGCACUGCUCAUUUUUGGAUGUUUGUAGAUAAGAAUGAAUUGUUACCCAUCAGCAUUGUAGAAUAGUGUCUUCAAAGGUAGAAGGAGUAUGGUUAAGUACACUCUUGAAAACUGGAGCUUUGUAUUCUGUGACUGCUAUGGCCAGCCUUUUAAACAAAGCAAAUGAGAAUUUCACUCUACCUGCAUAACAAUUUUGAUACUGCUCAUUUAGAAAUAAAUCAUCUGGUUGUUCCUCCAGGGUACUUUCUAAGAUAAGCUUUAAACAGAAACUCUUAAGAAAGGUUCUCUGAAAAUUACUUGGUGGGUUAAAUGCCUCUGGUCCACAGAGUUUCAUAUUUGAAGUCUCUGGCUUUGGGCCUGGCAGGCUGGCACAUCCAUAUUUGUAUGAAAAAAAAAAAAAAGACCCUACACUACUACUUCAAAAUGUGACAUGAAGUGUAGAACCCUGGUCCUUCAUUGUCAUUCUCAUGUGAUUUUUGUUUCGUUUUCAACGAAAAUUGGUUGGUCAUUAAAUAUAUGUUAGGCACAGUGACCUGGUUAUUUUCACAUGUUACUUCAUUUUCUUAUCAAAUUAAAUGUUUGUUACAUAGUA